CUUCAAAGUGACGUAUUGUCAUUGUCAAAUUUGAAUUUUCGUCUGUUGCUUGACUGUCGCAUUUGGUUUUAUUUAAUGUUUAUAAAAUAUUAUUUUUACCCGUAGAAAACUUUUCGUAACUAAAAUGAAUGAAGAAAAACUGAGUAGUGACAAGGUACCGCAAAAGUUCGCAGAAUGGUUGCUGUCCAUGGGUUGUCCCCCGGAUAGGGUUCCUACUGUUGAUAAACUUUCAGAAAUGUGCCGUGGCCAGUAUUACAUGGUGUGGCGCAGUUUGAUGGAGCAUGUGGAACCUAAAGAGGUCAUCAGACAAAAAAGGCUACAAGUCUUCAACAAUGAUGUCCAGAGAUGUCAGAAAACUAAUGCUUUUUGCAAGCCUGACUCAAGUACAAUUGUACCUGAAGAAUUGACAUUAUGGAAGCAACAGACUACACUGCGAGAGAGGGUGCAAGAUGCAGAGACCAGGGUGCAGCAGGCUCGACAGGAACUCAACCAGCUGGUGGAUAAAGUAUCCAGUAGAUUAUCGCAUCGCAAUCUUGCUCGUACCCGUGUGCAAGGGGCGCAGCGCCGCGCCUGGCUACUGCAACAGUUGGCUGAGGAGUUACGCGCUAAAAGAGACAGCUUGAACGAAGCCAGGACGAUCGCUGAUUCACUAUGUAGCUUUGAAGAAUGCACUGAUGUCGAGAAUAAGCUAGAUAAGUUGACUGCCCGGCGUCAGAACAUGCGUCCCCCCGCGGCUCUGUCUGUCAGCAUGGCGCCACCACUCGCCAGUUCCUCUAUCACAUCGAAUGGCGGAGAUAUGAAUGACUCAGAGGAGCAGAUAUCGUCUCUGAUCAAGCAUGGCGGCGCGCUAUGGCCUCAGCUGUGUGAGCGUCGCGCCGCGCUCACUGACGCACUGGCUGCCCCUACCAAUCACGAUACUGCUGAUAAUAAUAGGAUAACUCCCCAAUGGGUACUGUCCCACACGGCGUCCCUGCACUGCUCGUUGGCCCUCAACGCCGUGAAGCACAAGGUCCACACCAAGCGCGCGCAGAAGAAACUAGCCGCCUCGCUCACACAGAUUAAUGACUACCUGUCGGGCGAGGCGUGCGAGUUGCUAGUAGUGCGCUGCGAGCGUGCGCGUGCGCAGGCUCGCGUGGCUACGCUACGUGCGCUUCACGACGACGUGACCUCACGCUCUGGCCUGUUUCACGCCGCCGAAGCCCCGCCCGCCGCUCACGCCGCCAGGCAGUUACUUACCAUUGAUAAGGCCAUCGAAACAAAACGCGACGAGCUGAAGCGUCUAAUAACUUCGUUGGCAAUAACGGAACGGAAGACACAGAACGUGCGGGAAUGUCUGACGAAUGUGUUCAAUAGCUUCCACAGUGACACUGGGUACCAGGGUGACAGGUUCGGAGGUCAACUUUCGUUGCCACAAGAGUCAAUAUCAACAUUACGACGUUUUUACGAAGAGAGGAGAGACAGAAAUAGGAACAAAGUGAACUUAAGUAUGGACCUCGACACGUCAGAGAACUGCUCGUAUGAUGCCGCAGAAAAUACUAAUCCGACCUUCAUUGAUGAACUGAAAGUCUACUUGAAGAAGUUCAAGCUGGAGAAUAAUAGAAAAUUGGUCCUGGACAACGGCGAAAAGGUCUGGAUAUUUGAAACCCUCCAAUCAUCAGUGGACCGGAUACACUCAAGCUGGCAACGUGAUGAGGUCACAUGUUCCCUUAUCUGUCCGUCUGUCAGUCUGUCACGCAAUCUACAGAAGAUUAUACUUACCGCACAGAGGAGAAAUGAAAUGGAGGCAACGUUGAAAGUUCUGGAAAGUACACUGAGAAGGGAUGUGUCUAUAGAUAUCUCAUCAGAAAAGGAAGAGGAGAACAAUACAAUAGAUAGAAUAAAGAAACGUCUCAACGACAACCUGGUGGCCUUGCAGAAGACUGUGAAGACCCUCGACUUGGGACGGGAGAACCUUCAGCUUUGGUCAGACGACUCCAUGAAAAAAUACAUCUCAACUAAUAGAACGAUCGAUGGAAAAACUUAUAAAGAUUAUGAAGCGAACUAUUUGGAGAGCUUGAAUCUUAAUAUGUAGUUUAUUAUGAAUUAUUUUUUAUGUAAUAGUUCGGCUAGCUGGCAGACGUAUUACCUGAUGGUAAGCAAUCAGCGUCGCUCGUGGACAUCCGCAAUACCAGAAGUUUGGGGAUUAGUGUUUCGUUGAC